AUGGGUUUGGACGAAGGAGUCGUUUGUGAGCGACUUCAGAAAGUCAAUGCAUCACAGGAAUCAGUUCAAUCCACGUCGGGUUGGAUUCUGACGCAUAAAGACGAGAUCGACGUUAUCACACGAUGCUGGAUCAAAGUGUAUCAACAAGGUUAGUUUUUUGUCCUUAUUUUUAUGUUCUGUGUUUAGGGUCAGAGUCUCAACGAGUUGGACUAAUAUACGUUGUUAAUGAUGUUGUUCAAACUGCUAAACGAGAACGGGACAAGACUAUUUCUGUCGCUUUCCAUCCGCAUUUUGUUAAUGCGAUUGUAUUGGCGUCAGAGACGGUGAAGAAGGCAAUUAGACGAUGUUUACAGGUGUUUAGGGAAAGGCACAUCUACCCAAAGCACAUCAUCGAUGAAAUGCAAAGUGCUUUAGGUAAAAGCAGAGCUUUUUUGACGUGGUUGGGCUGGUUUUACAUUGUUUUUGGGUAACAAGAUUGUAACUUGUUUUUAAUUAGCAUUAUUUGAAGAAAUGUUUUUUAUCGAGUUUAAAAAUUAAUUUUAGUCUUUAAUGUCGUAAUUUGCUUUUUUCAGAAGGGACAGUCGAUGCAGUGGUACAGGAUGAAGACGACGGUGAAUUUGAAAUUGAAGGAUUCUUAAAAACACUCAGAACUUACGUGGAAAGCAGUACUGCUAUUGACAAGGCUAGAGUUGUGCUGAACAAUAUCAAUUUUGACGAAAGCAAUGUAGAUCUAUCUGGUAAGUGUAGUUUUACUUUCAAGGCAAUUUCCUAUCUCAUUUUGUAACAUUUUGGCUAAAGACGUUUUAAAACAAUGUUAUUUUAGACAGAGAAGGGCUCAGCCAGAUGGAGCUUGAAGUAGACUUGAUGAUACAAAAGCUACAGACGUUUCUACAACGAAUUGAAGGAUUAAGUGCAAAAAGUGCCAAAGUUAAUCAUACAAUUGCAAAGUCAAAGGGAUUCUUUCAAAACCAGUUGAAGGACGUCGCUCUUGUGCAUGAUGUAAGUUUACUCUUGAAUUUUACGGUGUUUUCAUUUUAAUGUUUGUGUUUGUAGGUCUACAUUCACAUUUCUUGUCUAUUUUAGUAAAAUGAAAGUUUGUUUUAAUAAAAUACUUUUCAGGCUUAUGAUAGAUACGCCAAGGGUAUUUCGGAACGUAUUGAGCAGUUGGAUCCGAUUGUUAAGAGUGGGAUUCUUCCAGGUCAAACGCCGCCAAGAGAUGCCCCGUCUCCGGUACCAGGCGAAGAUAUAUUCAAUGCAACAGGCUCAGAUGACAUGGAGAUGGAUGAGGAAGAUAUGCCUGGCAAACCAAAUGCUACGUCAUUGAUCCCACCUCAGAAUUAUGUUCCUAACUACAAUGGUGUGGGUAGUGAUAUCAAAGUAAGGGUUCUUUCUUUUUCGUUUUUAGUUAUUAAUAAGCUUCUAAUUUUUAUCUACUGUCGCUUUUCUAUUUGCUUGUAAUAUAAACCACUUUUACUGUAUUGUGUUUAAAAAACAGCUAUUUAAAAUUUUAGGUAACACCGAAUGUUACAAUGAAAGCGGCUGACCCAAGACAGAGGUUCCAACCCCCUCCAAUGCCUCCUUAUCCAACUGGCUUUAGUGAAGGUGUAGCACCCUUUAUGCCUUCUAUACCUCCACCAAUGAUGAAUUUCCCACCGCCUUUUGAUGCACAAGUACUACCGCCUGGUGUUGUAAGUUUUACUACUGUUGAUAUUAAAACAAAUAUAUAUUUUUAUGCAAAAACAUUUUUUAAUUUAAUAAUCUAGCUUUUAAAGUAAUAGUUACAGGAAUACCCACCUCCAUCCACUUCAAUUAGCCCUCCAGGUGAAGAUCUCGAUCUCCGGAAGCAAGGAAAUGGGUCAUCUAAUGGCAAUACCGCUUUCCAACCACAAUAUCCACAUCCUUCAGGACCUUAUAUUCCUUCUCCUGGAGGUCAGCCACCUUACGACCGGUCAUUUGAUCAUAAACGCAGGAAUGGGUUCUUCAAUCGAGAUGGUAAUGGCUACGGCGGUGGCCCUCCACGAAAGAAUUUCAGGCGAGGCGGCUAUCAAAAUAGUCACUAA